UGUCCGGUCCGAGUCAUGACCCAACUCGUCCGUGUCACGGUAUUCUUACGUCUCCGUCUGUCUGAAUCCUAUAACCGUUUCCAGUUAAACCCUCAUCCUCCGUCGUGUUCGGCCUCCGAGCCGAGCUCGCAGAUCCGGGAUCCCUUCUUCUUUUCGCUUCUGACGAUGUCCAAAACCGUGGUCCCGGUCCUCUUCUUGAUUGCCCUCGUCUCCCUCGCGGCCCCGCCGGCGGCUAAGGCCGCGGCCCUCGGCCUCGACACCUUCCUCGCUGGCGAGGCCCGCCGCGACCCCUCUGCCGCAAAUGAUUCCUUCUCUGCCCUUCCCGCGGCCGUCAAGCUGUCGCUUGCCGCGAACCUCCCCCCCGCCGACUACCCUGCCCUUGUCUCCCAGCUCCUCUCUUUCCAUAUCUCCGUCCCGGUAUACGUGAAGCUUGUGGGUGACUUCUCCUCCGCGGCCCCCGGCCUCCUCCGGUCCUUCGCCGCGGCCGCCGCCCUCACCUCCGACCGCUUCCACGUCAUCGGCGCCACCACACACAACCUCGCCGUCCGACACACCCUGCACCUUGACACCGCCCUCUCGCUCCUCGGAUCGCAGAUAUCCGACGCCAUCCGUUCCCACCUUGAGGCCUCCCCAUCGCCGCUUUAUCUUUCUGCCCUCCUUUCUGUGCCGUACACAUCGGUCGAUCGCAUUAUCCAGCAGGAUUUCCAGAAGGAGAGCUCGAAUUCGGCCCCGGGGUUCUAUGUCUAUUUGCUGAAUCUUGGAUCUCAAGCCAAACCCUAUGCCUAUUCCCUUGAUUCCAAGGAUGCCUCGCUGGCCUUCACAAAGUGUAUGGGGACUCUGUGGACUGGUAAAGAUCGGUAUGUGUGGAUCGACCUUGCCGCAGGACCAGUGGAAUAUGGCCCGGCGAUCUCCGGUGAGGGUGUGAUCCCCCGAGGUGAGUUCCAUCCUCUCGCCUCACUCCAUGGGCGACCGAGGUCAGAAGGAGCCCUCCUUUCGGAUCUCACCUCUGUGGUCCUCAGCGCCUACCAAUCCCUUCUGGUUCCUUCCCUCAGAAUCCCUGUCUUCUACGAGAAUUCUCUCCUAAUUCAGUUCAUCCACCUUCAUGGACCUCAUCCGGAUUCCUCUGGACUUGACUGGAAUUUCAUCAAACAGACGCUGCAAGAAAGCGAGCUUGCUUAUAAUGAACAAUCUUUGGUGUUCAAAUCAUACAGCAUAAAAUUCUCAGAAUGCCCAAUUUGCUCUUUUGCCAUUGCCCGAUCAAUGAAUUCAUACACCUCCCGUUUCCUUUUUGAGAAUUACACGUUAAUUGUUAAUGAAUAUUUAGACUCAAAGAGCUUGCAUCAGAUACUAUCAGACUCAGUGGAAGAGGUACACCAAGCUGCGGCAAUUCCUGAAGAGGACUAUGGCAAGGUCCUUCCAGUAUAUGUAUUCGAUUUGGAAUAUGACAAGCUUAUCUUGCUUGACCGGUGUCACCAGGCCAUUGCAUUCAGAAACAUGGUGAUUGCUGUGAGGACUAGGAGCUCACAGACGGUUAGUGACUACAACUGCAAUGGCCGGCACAUGAUUACACAGACUCGAAACCUAGACCGUCCGAUUAUUGGUUCCGUGCUUCAGAGCAUGUGGGGUGUCUCACCAAUCCACUUGUCAUGGAGCCCACAGCAUAACGGUGCUCUGGUUGAUUACACCUGGAGUGUGGGUCAAACUCCAUUCGGACCCUUCUCUGACACUCUGUCUCUGUCCUUUGUUCAGAGAGAUGCAGCACGGAGGAAUGUUCUGCUUAUUACAUUGAACUAUACAAUUACAAGUGCCAUUGACAUAUUGCAAUCUAUGGCCGCACAUGGUGGAGUUAAGAAGCUUUUAAAGGAAAAUAAGCAUGUUGAGUUUGUUCAGAGGUGGAAUUUGCUCAACUACAAGCUUGAGAAGGUGGUUUCUGCCGUUUCCCACUUUGAUUUUGAGAAAGCUAUGCACUUCCUGAGGUCUUCAGAUCAUGAUCUAUAUGCUAUACACACUUUAGCUUAUGAGGCAUCACAAAAAUUGGAGGCUUCAAUUACUUGCUUCAGUGAUCCACCAUUCCCAUGGGCAUCAGUUUCCCUGUUUGGUGUGCUUCUUUUUGGUUUCUGUUAUUUCCAUGGAAAUAGGGACAAGAUUUUUAAAAGCAAGAGAAAACAGUUCUGAGUGUGACUCUAUUAGUUGUAAUAGUUUAUGGACAUCUUUGUUUCCUGUUUGCUUCUCUAGGUACAUUUGUUGAGAUAGCAGAUUCGGCAUUAGAUAAAGCACCAUGGAGCAAAGUCCUUAGUCAUGCUUAUUACGACAUCUACUUUUCUAUGGAAAUUUGUGGAAUUUUCUGGAUUUCCUGGUUAUUGAUCAGUCGAUAAAUGUUAAUUAUUA